CCUACCUGCUUUUCUUGACUUCCUCCACCGCUGGCUUGCGAGUGCAUAAAACAGCGGAUGGAUGAUCUUUCUUUCUAAUAAAACGAACCUAUGUGGAGAUUAAUAUCCCCCAGUUAAUCUCAGCUUGUCCUUUGAGAAACCCAUCGUCAGACGACCGCGAGGAUGGCGGACCCAAACAAUGUGUCGCAAUACAAAUAUUCGGCGAUGUCCAACCUGGUCCUCCAGGCGGAUAGACGCUUUGUCACUCGCCGAACAGAUGAAGUUACGGGUGACCCGGAAUCACUUGCCGGCCGGAUUAGCAUCAGGGACAUGGGAACGCACUCUGCGCUUUCAGAAGCUCCGAAGCCUAAAAAGCAGAUUGGUCUGAAGGACGUCGAACGUGGCUCUAUUCGAGAAGGCGAAGAUGUCUUACAAAGGGAACAGAAGAAAAGAAAGCGAGGGGACCAAGCUCAACUGCGUGGAGUGGGCAUUUUAUCUGCUGCCGACGCUCUUGUCGAGGGUCUUAAGUAUAGACCUAGGACUCUGGCCACUCGAGAGACCUACAACCUUAUUCUUACGAUGACUGCCAAUAGUCUUGGGGAUGUCCCACACGAGGUUGUUCGAAGCGCUGCUGACGCCAUAUUGGAGGUGCUUAAGGACGACAAUAUGAAGGAUUUCGACAAGAAAAAGGAGAUUGACGACCUCGUGGGCGUGUCUAUGGGGCCCAAGGAGUUUAAUGAGCUAGUAAACUUGGGCAAAAAGAUAACCGAUUAUGACGCGCACGACGAAGAGGAAAACAGAACGGCUCUUGAGGGUGCCGAGGAUGGUGAGGAAUUGGAUGAGCGCCAAGGUGUUGCUGUGGUGUUUGAUGAGUCGGACGAAGAAGAAGAAGGCCUCAGAGCGGAUUUAGAAGUGCGAGAUGAUGUCGAUAUUUGCGAGGGAGAAGAAGCCUCUGACCAAGAGGAUCGACCAGAUACGACCGUCUCCACAGCCGACAGGACACCUGAUGGAAUAAGUUCUGCGGAUGACCAGAUGGUUUUAGAUGGAGAUAACGAGCUAUCGUCGGGAACUAAGGCUGACAUCACGACGAAGUUAGUCCCCGUUCGGGAGAUCGAUGCGUACUGGCUUCAACGACAGAUCGGCUCCGUAUAUGCUGAUGCCCACAUACAACACGAGAAAUCUCAAGAAGCUUUUAGAAUCAUGAGUGAAUUAUCGGAAGACGGGACAGAAAAACCGUUACGAGAAGUUGAGAACGAUUUGAUGGAUCUUUUUGAUUAUGAACACCCAAAUCUGGUGGCGAAGCUAGUCGUCAAUCGGGACAGGGUAGUAUGGAUAACUAAAUGGAGAAGAGUUGCGGAAGAUACCGAUGCUAGAAAGCUUGUCGAAAGAGACAUGAUUGAAGCUGGCCAUCGUUCCAUUUUUAACGAACUACGAGGGAAAGAUGAAGAUGGAUCCGAACGAGCCGCAAAGAAGAUGAAGGUUGACCUAAUGGAUGUUGAUAUACCAACAGGCGCCGAAGAUGUUAAGCCCAAACAGGAGGAUGCCAUGUUGAUGGGCGGGCUGCAACCUCGGAAAUUAAUUAACCUCGAAGAUCUAGCUUUUGACCAGGGCAACCAUCUGAUGACAAACCCGAAUGUAAAGCUUCCUCAAGGCUCAACAAAGCGAACCUUUAAAGGAUACGAGGAGAUUCAUGUUCCUGCCCCCAAGGCAAGGAGAGAACCAGGGGAUGAGCCGAAUAUUCCAACCUCGGAGCUUCCUGAGUGGGCCAGGAUUGGCUUUGGAAGCGCCAGACAGUUAAACCGCAUUCAAACGAAGUGUUUCCCUACGGCAUUCCACGGAGAUGGAAAUAUGCUCGUUUGCGCCCCAACAGGUUCCGGAAAGACGAACGUCGCUAUGCUUGCAAUGUUACGUGAAAUUGGCAAAAACCGAAAUCAGGAUACGGGUGAAAUCAUGCUUGACGAUUUUAAAAUCGUCUACAUUGCACCUUUAAAGGCCUUGGUUCAAGAACAAGUCGGCAAUUUUGGAAAGAGGUUGGAACCUUAUGGUAUAAAGGUUUCCGAACUCACAGGAGAUCGCCAACUGACAAAACAACAAAUUGCGGAGACUCAAGUUAUCGUUACGACGCCAGAAAAGUGGGAUAUUGUCACGCGAAAGGCCACGGAUACAAGCUACACGAGGCUUGUGCGACUGGUAAUCAUCGAUGAAAUCCACUUACUUCACGAUGACAGAGGCCCAGUUCUGGAGAGUAUAGUCAGCAGGACAAUUCGGCGGACUGAACAGACUGGAGAUCCAGUUCGUCUUGUUGGACUCAGCGCUACGUUACCAAACUACCGUGAUGUCGGCAGUUUUCUCCGCGUUGAUCCUAUCAGUGGUCUUUUUCAUUUUGAUGGCUCCUAUAGGCCAUGUCCAUUAAAGCAAGAAUUCAUUGGGGUGACCGAGAAAAAGGCCAUUAAGCAACUGAAGACUAUGAACGAUGUUUGCUAUAACAAAGUCCUUGAACAGGUUGGAACAAACAAAAACCAAAUGUUAAUAUUCGUCCACUCGAGAAAAGAUACUGCAAAGACCGCCAGGUAUAUACGGGAUAAAGCUGUUGAAAUGGAAACCAUUGGGCAGAUUUUGCGCAGCGAUGCGGCAAGCAGGGCUAUCUUAGCAGAGGAAGCCGAAAGCGUGAACGACCCGUCACUGAAAGACUUGAUGCCGUACGGGUUUGGCAUUCAUCAUGCCGGUAUGAGUAAGGUGGACAGAACUUCCGUUGAGGAUCUCUUCGCAGAUGGCAGCUUGCAGGUUCUUGUGUGUACUGCAACAUUGGCGUGGGGUGUUAACCUUCCAGCCCAUACUGUCAUCAUUAAAGGAACUCAAGUUUACUCACCAGAGAAGGGAAGCUGGGUUGAAUUAAGCCCUCAAGAUGUCCUACAGAUGCUAGGGAGAGCGGGCCGACCACAGUACGACUCGUUCGGUGAAGGCAUCAUCAUCACAACACAGGGAGAGUUACAAUAUUACCUGUCACUGCUAAAUCAGCAACUACCGAUCGAAAGUCAGCUGAUGAGCAAACUUGCGGAUAAUUUGAACGCAGAAGUUGUGCUGGGAAAUGUCCGUAGCCGCGACGAGGGCGUUGAAUGGCUGGGAUAUACUUACUUAUUCGUAAGAAUGCUGCGCUCUCCAGGCCUCUAUAGCGUCGGCGCGGACUAUGAGGGUGAUGCAGCCCUUGAGCAAAGGCGCGUCGAUUUAGUACAUUCGGCAGCCACUGUGCUCGGGAAUGCCGGUCUCGUCAAAUACGACAAGCAAAGCGGAAAGCUUCAGUCUACGGAACUCGGCCGGAUUGCCUCUCAUUAUUAUAUAACACACAACUCAAUGCUUACCUAUAACCGUCACCUCCAAUCGAUGAUAUCAACCAUUGACCUCUUCCGUAUAUUCUCUUUAAGCGACGAGUUCAAGUAUAUUCCAGUUCGCCAAGACGAGAAGCUAGAGCUGGCAAAGUUGCUGGGUCGCGUCCCUAUUCCGGUAAAGGAGGGUAUCGAAGAGCCACACGCAAAAAUCAAUGUUUUGUUGCAAGCUUUCAUUUCUCGUUUGAAACUUGAAGGCCUCGCUCUCAUGGCGGACAUGGUUUACGUCACGCAAUCUGCUGGUCGCAUUCUUCGAGCAAUAUUCGAGAUAACUCUUAGGAAAGGCUGGUCGUCCGUCGCGAAAACGGCUCUCGAUCUGUGCAAAAUGGCAGAGAAACGGAUGUGGCCAACAAUGUCUCCUCUUCGCCAGUUCCCAACUUGUCCUCGUGAAAUCAUUCAGAAAGCUGAGCGAAUUGACGUCCCGUGGUCAAGCUAUUUCGAUCUUGAUCCUCCUCGGAUGGGGGAGUUACUUGGCAUGCCCAAGGCCGGCCGAACAGUAUGUGACCUAGUUGCAAAAUUCCCUCGCCUGGACAUGCAAGCUCAGGUGCAGCCAAUGACGCGUUCCAUGCUUCGUGUUGAGCUUACGAUAACGCCAAACUUUGUCUGGGACGAUUUACUACAUGGUAACGCUGAGAGCUUUUGGAUUAUCGUUGAAGAUUGCGAUGGAGAAGACAUACUAUUCUACGAUCAAUUUGUGCUUCGAAGGGAAUUUGCGACCGGGGAGAUGAAUGAACAUCUAGUGGAGUUUACUGUGCCCAUAACUGAGCCAAUGCCUCCGAACUAUUUUAUCUCGCUGUCUUCCGAUCGUUGGAUGCAUUCAGAAACUAAAAUUGCCGUGGCUUUCCAAAAGCUGAUUCUUCCCGAAAGAUUCCCCCCCCAUACUCCGCUGUUGGAUAUGCAACGAGUGCCGAUCAAAGCCCUAAAACGACCGGAGUAUCAGGCCUUGUACCCGAAUUGGGAGCAUUUCAACAAGGUUCAGACUCAAGUCUUCAAGUCACUAUUUGACUCUGACGACAAUGUAUUCGUCGGGGCACCCACGGGUAGCGGGAAAACGGUGUGCGCUGAAUUUGCUUUGCUUCGCCAUUGGGCGAACCCCGGUGCUGGAAAAGCGGUUUACAUUGCUCCUUUCCAGGAGUUAGUUGAUCAACGUCUCGUUGACUGGCAAGGUAGACUCAAAAGUAUCAGCGGCGGCAAGGUGAUUUCAAAACUUAUCGGGGAGACUACGGCGGAUCUUAGAAUCCUCGAUCGCGCAGACCUUGUCCUGGCCACACCUAUUCAAUGGGAUGUGGUUUCACGGCUAUGGCAGCGCCGAAAAAAUGUCCAAGCCGUCGAAUUACUUAUUGCAGAUGAGUUACAUAUGUUAGGUGGCCAAGGCGGUUACGUAUAUGAAGUGGUGGUUUCCCGAAUGCACUACAUCGCCCUCCAGACAGAAAGUAACCUUCGUAUUGUUGGUUUAAGUGUCCCGCUGUCGAAUGCGCGCGACCUCGGGGAGUGGCUGGGAGCUAAAAAGCACACUAUUUACAAUUUCAGCCCCCAUGCCAGGCCAGUGCCUCUUGAGCUACAUCUCCAGUCUUUCACUAUCCCCCAUUUUCCGUCGCUUAUGCUUGCGAUGGCAAGGCCUGCCUAUUCGUCUAUUCUGCAGCUGUCUCCCUCCAAACCUGCGUUGGUGUUCGUUCCUACUCGCAAACAAACUCGCUCAACGGCUUUAGAUUUAGUGGCUGCUUGUAUCGCGGAUGAUGCUGAGGAUCGGUUUCUCCAUACCGAAAUUGAGCAAAUUGCACCCCUACUCGAACGUAUUGACGAGCGGGCCUUGGCAGAGUCUUUGUCUCACGGUAUUGGUUAUUACCAUGAGGCACUUAGCAAAAGCGAUAAGCGUAUCGUUUCUCAUCUGUUCAACAUUGGCGCAAUCCAGGUCAUGCUAGCCUCGCGGGAUGUGUGCUGGGAAAUCGAAUUCACAGCCCACCUUGUCAUCAUAAUGAAUACUCAGUUCUUUGAUGGCCGAGAGCAUAGAUAUAUCGACUAUCCAGUUAGCGAAAUCCUUCAAAUGUUUGGAAGGGCUUCCCGUCCGUUGGAUGAUAGGAGCGGGAAAGGCGUGCUGAUGGUCCCUGCGGUAAGGCGGGAUUACUAUAAAAAGUUUCUCAAUGAAGCUCUGCCAAUGGAAAGUCACUUACAAAUCUAUCUACACGAUGCCUUUGUGACAGAGAUUAGCACGAAGACUAUCACUUCUACCCAGGAUGCCGUGGAUUGGAUGACCUAUACCUACUUUUAUCGACGUCUCUUGGCAAAUCCGAGCUAUUACGGGCUAAGUGACCUGAGCCAUGAAGGCCUUAGCGCGUUUUUGUCCGAGCUUGUGGAAAAUACAUUGAAGGAACUUGCAGAAGCGAGGAUUAUCGAUCUAGAUGAGGAGGACGACACGGUGUCGCCCCUUAACGCGGCUAUGAUCGCUGCAUAUUACAAUAUCUCUUUCAUCACGAUGCAAACUUUCCUCCUUUCCUUGACUGCGCGAACGAAACUUAAAGGGAUCCUCGAAAUUGUUACGUCUGCCACCGAAUUCGAGAGUAUCCAGGUGCGGCGGCAUGAAGAGCAUAUUCUCCGUCGCAUAUACGAUCGUGUUCCGGUGAAAAUGUCUGAGCCAACUUAUGACUCGCCUCAUUUCAAGGCGUUUGUCCUAUUGCAAGCGCAUUUCUCACGAAUGCAGCUUCCUAUAGAUCUAGGAAGAGACCUGGAGGUCAUCUUAGACAAAGUUCUUAAUCUUCUUAGUGCCUGCGUCGACGUACUCUCUUCUGAAGGUCAUUUGAAUGCCAUGAACGCCAUGGAAAUGUCUCAGAUGGUCGUGCAAGCAAUGUGGGACAGAGACAGCCCAUUGAAGCAAAUUCCACACUUUGGCCCCGAGGCGAUCAAAGUCGCCAACGAGUUCAAGAUCCGAGACAUUUUCGAGUUCAUGGAAGCCAUGGACCCAACAGAGAAUAAGGACUAUGCUUCUUUAAUCAAGCGCCUUGGGCUUGAUAACAAGCAACUUGCCCAGGUCGCGGCAUUCACAAAUGACAAAUAUCCAAGCAUCGAUUUAGAUUUCACACUCUUGGAUGAGGAUAGCAUCGUUGCCGGGGAGCCAGCGUAUAUAAAGGUCAAAUUGGAGCGGGAAACGGACGAAGAAGAACCCGAUACUACGGUUUCAGCGCCAUUCUAUCCCGGAAAGAAAGCAGAAAAUUGGUGGCUGCUGGUUGGUGAAGAGAAGACAAGUAGUCUGCUUGCCAUCAAACGAGUGACUGUUGGGAAGAAAUUGGAGAUCAAGCUAGAAUACAUCGUGCCUAGUCCCGGAGAGCACGAACUCACUCUUUAUCUGAUGAGCGACAGCUAUGUUGGUGUCGAUCAGGAUCCAACUUUUAAAAUAACUGCUGCGGAGGGAAUGGAUGAGGACGAGGAAGAUGAAGAAGAUGACUAGGGCCGCUCUAUGCAAGCAUUUCUAUGAUUUCAAUCCUAGACUGUAUUAUGACCUUCGGGGACCCGCAUGAAAUCUCUGGGCGGAGUUCAAUGGCUCAAUUGUUUUAAUGGAUGUCUUAAUUUUGUUUCUAUCAUUUUUGGAUACACCGAUAGCUACAAGCAGUAAGUCAUAAUACGUUUGUGGUUGGUUGCUAGGACAUCGUGGAUCCCAGCGGUUUUUCUUUUUUCAAGGAUCAGAUAGAUACGCAAUGCACACAGUAUGUAACCAUGUGG